CUCAGCACAGCACAGCAGAGACCAGCCAGCCAGCCAUGGACGUGAAGGCGGCCGCCCGCACGCCAGCGCAGGCCCCAAGCAGGUCCUCAUACAGCAUGGACCCCAAGGUGAGCUUCUGGCGGACGGCGGAGGGCGGCCGCGCCAGCAUCUGCGGCAGCUCGUCCUCGUCGGCCUACGUGUACGUCGACCUGCCGCCCGCCACCGGCGCCGGCGACGAAGACCUCAAGGGCGCCGCGCCGCCCGUGCUCUCGCUCAGCUUCGCCGCCAAGCUGUUCGAGCUGGUGCUGACGCUGGUGGCAGAAGGCCUGUACGCGGCGGGCGACGCGCUCAUCACGGACAACUUCCGCACGUUCAUCUUCCCGCACGUCGUCUACAACACGUUCAUCAUCGUCAGCGGGAUCGUCGUCACCAGCUACCUGCUGCGCAUCAAGAUGCAGGAGCUGCUCAUGCGCGUGCUGGGCACGAUGGCGGCGGUGAUGAUGCUGACGGCGGAGGGCGCGGUGCUGCGCUACUGCGUGACGGCGUGGCCCAAGUGGUCGGAGUACAUCGAGGACGAGCAGUCCAACCCCGAGCAGCUGGACGAGGAGGUGAAGGGCGCGGGCCCGCGGCGCGCCUUCCUCGCCGCACACCUCGCCGUCGCCGGCCUGCUCGCCGCCACGCACCUCGCCGACGUCGCGGCCUCGCUCGCCAGGACGCUGCGCGCCCUCUGACCUCACCUGUGGCGCUCCACACACCGCCGUCUCGUGGCCGCUCACAACAACGGUGACAGACUGGGGAGGCGAUCGCUGCGAUGUGAACUUUCAGUCACCUCUCAUAACAGCUGUUGCAACAAACGCGCCGUAGUCGGUUGCCCUACUUAAAAGAAGAACGCGCUUGAGCCGGGCUUUCCUGGGAGCAGGGAUCUUGCACAGCGCUAACAGGACGGGGCAUUUUGCGUCGUUAGGGACGCAAAAACUUAAAUAACUAACGCCUUUGUGUUCUCCCAAAAGAUGAAACUGCAAACGCAUUAAUUAUUCACUCCACACGUACUGUCUUGCGUAGUACGAUGGGCGUUCAAUAGGCACUGCAGCACUUUUCUUCUGGUUUUAUUGACGAUUCUGAUACACUCUUUUGUCUAGAAAAACCUAUUUUUCAAAAUAAUCUCCAUCCUAAGGCCAUUGUACUGGGAGAGUCUGUACUACUCUGCUGGCCCGCCCGGUUGGCCGUGCGGUCUAACGCACGGCUUUCCGGGCGGGAAGGAACGCCUGGUCCCCGCCACGAAUCCGCCCGGCGGAUUAGUGGUGAGGUCCGGUGAGCCGGCCAGUCUGUGGAUGGUGUUUAGGCGGUUUUCCAUCUGCCUCGGCGAAUGUGGGCUCGUUCCCCUUAUUCCGCCUCAGCUACACUGUGUCGGCGAUUGCUGCGCAAGCAGGUUCUCCACGUUCGCGUACACCACCAUUACUCUACCACGCAAACAUAGGGGUUACAUUCGUUUGAUGUGAGACGUUCCCUGGGGGGUCCACCGGGGGCCGAACCGCACAAUAACCCUGGGUUCGGUGUGGGGCGGCGGAGUGGUGGAUUGCGGUAGUCGUGGGGUUGUGGACCACUGCGGCUGCGGCGGGGAAGGAGCCUCUCCGUCGUUGCUCGGUCCCCGGUUAACAUAACAUAACCACUCUGCUAGUCGACGUCAGAAGCAACGUCUUGCUGCAUCAGUAACCUCCCCAUCAUCCACGUACGCAUCCAGCGGAGUGCAUAGAAGUCGGAAGGUGCAAGAAUCUGGGGAUGAGAGGACACUCCAAUGAUGACAGACGCCUCGCCAACGUCUCAUCGCGCUAUUGUUCACUGACAAGUCCCCACAGACAGGCUGCAAGUGCCUAUGAACAUCUGCGAUGCUACGCUUUUCCGUGAAAAGAAAUUCAGUAACAACUCUCCGCUUGGAACACAUCUUCGUUUCAGACACCAAUUUAAAGACUAGUUACAGCGCCGUUACCUAUUGGAAUUUCACUGAAUUGUGAAGGCUACACCGGGAAUAUUUCACGAUGUCCCACAGCAAAUUCCGCAUUUUUUCAAGCGAAACUGGUCGAGAAACAAUAUGUGUUGCAUUACUUAUUGAACGUCUCUCGUACAGUGUAUGAAAGCAGUUAUCGUAUUGUUGUUAUGAAUAAUUUUUACUAUUUGGAAGAAAUUCAAUGAAACUAUAAUCGUUUUACAGAUCUAUAACACACAACAAAAACUUCUGCUACAUACAACCACAAAAAAUUUACAUAAAUUUCAGCCUGUUUUAUACGCAAAUAAAGCAUAGAACUUAUACAAAAUGUUUUCCCUCUCCGUAAUAUAUGAUGUAUUACUAAUACUCAUCAAUAAGGCCAUUUAGUGAAAAGCCGAGUGCUUGAGUGACAAUAGUCACUUGUUUGAGUAAGUUCACUACGAGGUGUUGCAGGCGUGUGAGUGGUCAAUCUGGAGAACGAAGCUGGCGAGUGCUGAGGGGACUAAUACCUUUCAUUAUCGUUCAUAGUCGGUGAACUAGAACGGUAUUGACGCUCUUCAUUUAACACUCCCAGCCGGCCGUGGUGGCCGAGCGGUUCUAGGCUCUGCAGUCUGGAACCGCGCGACUGCUACAGUCGCUGGUUCGAAUCCUGCCUCGGGCAUGGAUGUAUGUGAUAUCCUUAGGUUAGUUAGGUUUAAGUAGUUCUAAGUUCUACGGGACUGAUGACCUCAGAUGUUAAGUCACAUAGUGCUCACAACCAUUUUUUUAAACACUCCCAUCCCCGUGAUGAUUCGGAAAACUCCAGUGUCGGUGUGAGGAAUGGUAUCUGGCCGAAUUUUUUUCACGGUCGUAGUCAUGGUUCUGAAGAACAUAUCUAUGCUUCAUCCUCUUGUGGUGGUGGUUUCGACAACUCUUCCAGACAAUUUGGAAAGCGGAGUCUAUCUUCCUUGAUCUCAUUUAAAUACUUGAGAAGGGAACUCGUUCCACCUCCUUUCUGGUCGGAGGACGUUCGGAUGUGGCUAAAAGAGGUGGUCCCGAUAGUUGAUGAGAUUCGGAAGAAUGUGGUUCACACUUCGUUGUUUCUGGACAAUAAUCGUCGCUGUUUCUGCGAAGGCCUUCCUUGGGUUCCUCUGACAUUUUGGGACAAAAUUCCGUACUUUAAAAAAGUGUCAUGCCAUCUUCCACAUAGUCUAGAAAUCUCAGCCUAUCGCUGUAGCUCGCUAUUUUGUUUUUUGUAGCAGACCCUAUGUUACCCACUUCUUCUUUUGUCUGUGGUCUGUAAUGAUCCCUUCGUGAUACCAUGUAGCACAUUGCUGGCACUUUAUCCAGGUGGAGCUACCUACAGCACUUGUUACUGCUUGUCUGAUGUCUUCCUCGGACCAUGACGCACUUGGCUUUUUCCCUUUGCGUGCACGGACCAUCUGAAAAGAAACCAAUGCAACACAUCUAACUUACAGGUAACGUGGAGACAAUCUUAACUGAUUGGUUGGUUGG